GGGGGGGUCCUUCGGCGCUGCGCUGUGAGGGCGGAAGUAGGAAGUCGAAUGGGGAAUGAAAAUACACGUGGGGCGGACUGUGUGUGACGUCACCGGCGAGGAGCUGAAAAGUAUUGGCUUCCCCCUUCCACCAUGUCGACUCUCUACCUUCCUCUGUCUUCUACCUCAGACCCGCGAUGCGUGUGGGUGCGCAUCUCCGGACAGUACUCUCCGCACCCUCGGCCGGCGGUGCAGGAGGUGGAGACAGGGCCUCGCGGUCUUCCCCUCCCAUGCCUGCUGUCUCCCGCCACUGGCUCAGUAUGGGGGGCCUGGGCCGUGUCUUACAUGCUGGCUCCUGAGACCCUCUCAGGGGGAGGGGACCCCAGAACGUUCUCUCUCAUUAAGCAGUGGGUGAACUACGCCGAAUCGGACCUGUUACCGGCGGCCUAUGGAGUGGACCAUACGCAGAUAAAAGAGCGCUCCCUUGCGGAGCUCAAGAGGAUCCUGGAAGUGUUAGAGGGCCACCUUAAAGUACGGACUUACUUAGUAGGGGAGCGCCUGAGCCUGGCCGACAUCGCUGUGUCCUGUUGUCUCAUCCAUCCGUACAGCAAGGUCCUCUCUCCUUUCUUCAGACAGUCUAUUCCUAAUGUCACCCGCUGGUUCCUGACCUGUAUAAACCAGCCGCAAUUUAAAGAGAUUUUGGGAGAGGUGGCCCCACUAAGCGGAGAAGCCAGGAGUGACCUGAGCCCUCCAGUUGUUACAUCAGACCCUCCUCUACUUAAUGGUCCUCCCAAGACCGCUGCCCAGCUGAAGAAGGAGUCCAAGAAAAAAGAGAAGCUGGAGCGCUUCCAGCAGAAGCAGGAAAAGCUGAAGGGACAGCAGACCGAGAAGAAACCGAAGGUGGAGAAGAAAGACAAGAAGGAGCUCGGUGUGAUCACCUAUGAUAUCCCGACCCCUCCAGGAGAGAAGAAGGAUGUCUCUAGUUCUAUGCCGGAUUCCUAUAGUCCUCAGUAUGUGGAGGCUGCCUGGUACCCGUGGUGGGAGAAGGAAGGAUUUUUCAAACCAGAGUAUGGGAGAAAAAGUAUCUCAGAACCCAACCCGAAGGGCAUGUUUAUGAUGUGUAUCCCUCCCCCAAAUGUCACCGGAUCUCUACAUCUUGGCCAUGCCCUCACCAACGCCAUCCAGGACAGCCUGACCCGCUGGCAUCGGAUGCGCGGCGAGCUGACCUUAUGGAAUCCGGGUUGUGACCAUGCGGGGAUCGCUACUCAGGUGGUGGUGGAGAAGAAGCUCUGGAGGGAACACAAGAAGAACCGACAUGACCUGGGCCGAGAGCGCUUCAUAGAGGAGGUCUGGAAGUGGAAGGCAGAAAAAGGAGACCGGAUCUAUCACCAGUUGAGGAUUCUUGGAAGUUCACUGGACUGGGAUCGGGCAUGUUUCACAAUGGAACCAAAACUAUCGCAAGCCGUUCAGGAGGCGUUUAUCCGUUUGCACGAAGCCGGAAUUAUCUACCGCAGCAAGCGUCUUGUCAACUGGUCGUGCACCCUCAACUCUGCUAUAUCCGAUAUAGAGGUAGACAAGAAGGAGCUGACGGGUCGCACAGUACUGCCAGUGCCUGGAUACACUGAGGGGGUGGAAUUUGGGGUGUUGGUUUCCUUUGCAUAUAAGGUUCAAGAUACAGGUGAGGAGGUUGUGGUGGCCACCACUCGUGUGGAGACCAUGUUGGGGGAUACGGCCGUGGCGGUACAUCCACAGGAUCAGCGGUACCAGCACUUGAGAGGAAAGUCUGUGGUUCACCCGUUCUCCGGCAGACUCCUUCCCAUAGUCUUGGAUGAGUUUGUGGAUAUGAGCUUCGGCACUGGAGCGGUGAAGAUCACCCCGGCUCAUGACCAGACCGAUUACGAGGUCGGGAUGAGACACUCUCUGGGCUUUAUUAACAUCAUGGACGACAACGGGCUGCUGGUGAACGUUCCUUCACCGUUCUUGGGAAUGAAACGUUUUGAAGCCAGGAAAGCCGUCCUGCAAGCUUUGAAAGAUAAGGGAUUAUUCAAGGAAAUAAAGGACAAUCCUAUGGUGGUCCCAGUCUGCAGCCGCUCCAAGGAUAUCGUGGAGCCGCUCCUGAAGCCUCAGUGGUACGUGCGCUGCGAUGAGAUGGGCAAGAGAGCGGCCGAUGCCGUCCGCGACGGGACCCUGUCAAUCAAACCCGAGUUCCACACCAAAACCUGGUUCAGCUGGAUGGAUAACAUCAGGGAUUGGUGCAUUUCUCGGCAACUCUGGUGGGGUCAUCGGAUCCCUGCUUACUUUGUUACAAUUGAUGACCCGUCAGUGCCCCCCGGGGAGGAUACUGAUGGCAAGUACUGGAUCAGUGGCCGAUCAGAGCAGGAGGUGAGAGCCAAGACGGCUAAACAGUUCAAUGUUGGCCCUGAGAAGGUGUCACUUAAGCAGGAUGAAGACGUAUUAGACACCUGGUUUUCUUCUGGACUUUUCCCAUUCUCCAUCUUUGGCUGGCCCAACGAGAGUGAGGACUUAAAGGUUUUCUAUCCCGGCACUCUCCUGGAGACUGGACACGACAUCUUGUUCUUCUGGGUGGCCCGAAUGGUGAUGCUAGGUCUAACCCUUACUGGGGAGCUGCCCUUCAAAGAGGUAUACCUCCAUGCUAUAGUACGUGAUGCUCAUGGGCGCAAGAUGAGUAAAUCAUUGGGCAAUGUCAUUGAUCCUCUGGAUGUGAUCAAGGGAAUUACCAUACAGGGUCUUCAUGCUCAGCUUCUGGACAGUAAUCUGGAUCCUGCCGAGAUGGAAAGAGCCAAGGAAGGACAGAAAGCUGACUACCCCAUGGGGAUCCCUGAGUGCGGAACAGACGCUCUUAGAUUUGCUUUGUGUGCAUAUACCAGUCAGGGACGAGAUAUUAACUUAGAUGUGAACAGGAUCCUUGGUUACCGCCACUUCUGCAACAAGCUGUGGAACGCAACCAAAUUCGCUAUGCGUGGCCUGGGAGAUGGCUACACCCCUUCUCCAUCUUCUCUGCCCACCGGACAGGAGAGUCUGGCGGACCUCUGGAUUCUGAGUCGCCUCAGUUUAGCGGUGGAUCUUUGCAACACUGGCUUUCAGAAUUAUGACUUCCCGGGGAUCACCACUGCCAUAUACAACUUCUGGUUGUAUGAUCUGUGUGACGUCUACCUGGAGUGUUUGAAGCCUUUGUUUGCCAGCACAGAUGAAGUCGCCAUAGCAGUAGCAAGAAACACACUGUACACGUGUCUGGACGCCGGCCUCCGACUCCUCUCACCCAUCAUGCCUUUCCUCACGGAAGAACUUUAUCAGAGACUCCCCCGACGUUCUUCCGAGACGUUCCCAAGUGUGUCUGUCACUCCUUAUCCUGAAGCUACUGAGUACAAAUGGCGGGAUGAAGAAAUAGAGAGAAAAAUGGAGCUCGCUCUGCUUAUUGUGAAAUCUAUCCGGUCUUUGCGGGCCGACUACAAUCUCACCAAGACUAAGGCUGACUGUUACGUGAAAUGUCAGGACGAAGAUACCAAAUCCGUGGUGGUCGCUUACACCUCCUAUAUCAUCGUCCUCUCUUCUUCGGGAUCCCUGGUAAUCCUCGAGCCUUCGGAUCCAGCCCCGGAGGGAAGUGCUGUCAAUACGGCUUCCGAUAAGGCUACUGUAUUCAUGAACCUCAAGGGGCUCAUUGAUGUGGAGAAGGAGCUGGCCAAGUUGCAGGUGAAGAAGACUGAGCUGAGCCGACAGCUGUCAAAAUUACGGGAGCGGAUGGGAGGAGCAGAUUACAGCGCCAAGGUCCCCCCAGCAGUGCAACAGCAAGACUCUGAAAAGAUGAAGCAGUUUGAAACAGAAUACCAGAAGGUGGAGGAGGCCGUGAGCAGUUUCCAGAAGAUUGUUUAGUAGUAAUUUAUUUUCCACUUGCCCGGGAAAGUCUCACUGGCCCUGAUGCUGCUCCUAAACCGUAUAUUUUUUAGAGAAGGAUAAAAGCAGAUGUAUUGUAUGCCAUGCAGGGUGUAUUGUAUGUAAUAAAUCCUGUAGAACCAAGGAAGGCUCAGUGUGUGGUUUCCUGGGGGCCGAGGAUGGAAUGUAUAUGG